CCGGUACCAAAACGCCCUCCACCUUGAGCAGUGACGUUGAUUCCACAUUUUGCCGCGACAGUCAAGACCUUCCCACGCAAGCGCAUACAUGCAGCUACCAAACGUGCCCGCAUGCUCACGCCCUCCCUCCUAAUAGUCAUGAUGAGCGCGCCGACCACUCUUCGGUCUCAUUUCCAUUCUUCCUCGACCAUGGUCCGGUCAACGACCGAAUGCAGGAUAUAACGUCCCGCUUCUGUCCCAUUUCGACGCAGCAGCAUUCUGGCUUUCAAUUUCAUGGAAAUGCAGGUCCCUCCCGGAAUUGUUCGUCGUAAACAAGAAUAAUACAGUAAUACCGCCUCGACCGCUAUUGUCCGUGAACGCCAACUUCUUCCUCAAGCGCCUCAUGUUUUGACACCUGAGUGGCAUCCGUGGACAGCUGCAUUUGUCGCGGAGUACAGGCAGACCCUCACACAACCUCAAGACACACACCUCGACACAGGCAAUAUGCCUCAGACCAUCUGGGAAAGGUUCCGGAUCGGCAAUGGGUUCGCUUCUGACAAGAGGGCCUCGCAAUCAUUGGGAAAGCUCGACGUCUCGGGAAACAGGCUGAGCACUCGUUUGGGAGAUGAGGCCUUCUGGCCCACCACUUUGGACAAGGAAGGUGACAAAGCGGCCAGGAUAUUGCGCUCCUUCUGCAAGGAUGGAUUUCACGACGAGAAGAGUUCCCCGACGCAGGAAAGCACGCCACCGAAGCAGAAAGUGUUGCAGAGACUACCAGAAAGAGUUGUGAAGGAUGCUAAGGCACUGGCAAUCUUUACCACUGUGCGUACAGGGGUCUGGAAAACUGGAUCAGGUGGCUCAGGAGUCCUUGUAGCUCGCCUGCCAGACGGCUCAUGGUCGCCUCCCUCAGGUAUCCUGAUUCACACUACCGGUCUAGGAUUUAUUGUCGGAGUAGACGUGUAUGACUGCAUCGUCGUCAUUAAUAGCAAACAGGCCUUCGAUGCAUUCACGCAACCUCGAUGCACAUUAGGCGCAGAAAUGCAGAUCAGACCUGGCCCACUCGACGUAGAGGAUGCAUCCAAGCCAGCAGACCCAGUGACUCCAAGCGGUGUGUAUACGUACACCAAGAGUCGCGGGUUCAACGCCAAAAUCCAGAUAGAUGGGAGCGUCAUCAUGGAGCGUGCGGACGAAAAUGAACGUUUCUACGGCGAAGCCCUGUCUUCGAUCGACAUACUCAACGGAAAGACCCAACAUCACAUCGACCAGUUACAUAAACUCGCCGAAACUCUCAAGGCGGCCGAGGGGAGCCAGAGUUUCGAUGUCGAAUCAGUCCCAAAGGAGGCUCCCCCAAGUGAAUACGACAUUGAGCACGCCGAAACUUUCGGCGUUCCCGACAAGGAUGAUCCUGACCCUUAUGGUGUGCUCGCUUUGGAAAAAGAAGGGAUGAGCCUGAAAGAGGCUGGCAACGGAAAGCGGGCCAGCUGGGAGCAGUUCCAGUUCAAUCCGAGCCCGACUAGCCCCAUACAUACAAUAUAUGCACGCCAGAGCUCGGAUAAUAUGCGACCCGUCAGUCAAAGGACUAGCUGGCGCGUAAGCGGCCUCAGUAAUGGACCCAAAACGCCAAGUUCGCUGCGCAUCAGCCCUGAACGAGCGCCCUCCGUCACCAUGUCAGACAUGUCUACUCAGACGGACUUUCCUCAAGAGGCUCUGCCUUCUCCUACCGUACGCAGCGUUCGAAGCAGUCGCGGUGAUCGCAGCAGUAAAAGCAGUCUGGUCAGCAGCGUCCGCAGUGCAAUGCCGGACGUCCCAGAGCACAAGGUUCUCGAACCAUUCGAACGGCGCGAGCCCGAGAGUGCUAGCCACAUCAAUGGCUACACAACGCCUCCAUCGACACCUCCGACGCUGGCCACUAUCCCUCCGUUGCCGCUCGAGGCAGAACAGAGCUCUCUCGAGCCGACAGUCGUCGAGGAGGUGGUUUCUCAGCUUGAAGUCGUGGGCGAUGAGGACGAACCGGAGACGAAACAGGAAACAUUCGAACAGCAUGAAGGACCCGCCGAGGACGAAGACGAUGCAGACGAGGAAGAUGAAGACGAGGAGGAUGAGGAAGAAGCGAUCGUCAUUAUCGAGGCACCAGUCGUGCAUUCGUUCCAGCAAGCGCAGCUGGCUUCAGCACAAGUGGUUUCUGUCGCGAAACGCUUGCCGCCAGUGAUCCCUCCUCGUAACCCCAGUCGCAACAAGCUAUCUAUCUCCACGCCUGCGCCAGUGACUCAGACGUCGCCUUCCGAUGCUGAGGUAUCAUCUCCAGCUGCCAAAAGCCCUUCUGUGAUCGAAGAGCAUGAUUCCAAUGAUCUGGAAAGGCAAGAUGAAAGUAUGCCGGUUCUCACAGGCACGCACGACGUUAAGAUCGAUUCAAACGAGCCGGCGCCGAUCGUCUAGAAAGCUCAUCACAAAACCGGGCACCUCGAGGACCCACAUGAUUACCACAAUCACAUAACACCAUCACGAUAUCAUCAUGAACAUGAUAAACACUCACGAGUACAAUGAAUUGAAGGAUGACGCACCGGCUGUCACCAAGUUUGGGAAGCGAAUGAAAUGAUUUUGAGUCAGGCAAAUCGCCGACUUUUGUUCUUGGAGUAAAAUAUUCCUCUUCUCAUGUACAUCACCUAGAUACCAACGUAUUUUCCGAUAGAACUUUCCACUUUGCGACCGUCGUCGACAUGGAGAAAGAAAAUCAUUGGUAUGAAGGCCACAGGAAAACGACGUCGGCUUGUAGCCAAUUGUGUUUUCAUUUGGUCUUGUGCGAUUCCCUGUAUGCUGCCGCUCGAUCUUUCGUAAUACUAUUA